AUGAUAUUUUUUUUUAUGUUCAUAUUAAUUAUACAGUUUAAAAUAUACAGAGAAUAUAUGUUCAAAUAUGCCACAAACAAUGAAUUAUUAGUAGAAAGGAUUAAAAGGGGCAAGGAAGCAUUUUAUGAAAUUUUGAAAGCAAAAAAAAAAGCUGAAGAAGAGUAUGCAAAAAAAAAAAACAAAAAUGAAUACAAAAAAUAUGAAGAUAGCUUGGAUGAUAAUAAUAUAUAUGUGAAGGAAAUAAAAUGCUAUGAAUAUGUACUUGAUCAGCUAAAUAACUUAAAUAUGUAUAAUUGUAAUGAAAUAAAUGAAAAUAGUAAAUCAUUAUUAGCUUUAGCAAAAACAAAAUGUAUUUUUGUUAAAUCAAUUAGAAACUUCCCAGAUGAAAAAUCAGGAUGUAUAUUAAAUCCAAAAAAAUUAAAUAAAUUGCAAAUAUAUUUAUAUAAUAAUAAUAUGUUUGAUCAAUUUCAAAAUGAAAAUAUUGCUGAAACAUUAAGUCUUGAUGAGUUAAGAAAAAUAGAAAAUACAAAAAACCCAUGUCUAUAUGGUACCGAUCCAAAUGAAGAAUACCCUAACAUAGCAGGCAAAUUGCCCUUAAAAAAUAAUGAAAACAAUUAUAAUAUAUAUAAUAAUUCAGAUAAUAGUGAUGAAUACAACUUACGAUAUAAACAUAAUACGAAGAAUUAUUAUCAUAAUAAUAAUUAUAUUCCAAAUGAGAAAGAGUCAAAUAACGAUAUUAAUAUAAACAAAAAAUUAUGUGAAAAUUUAAAAUAUAAAAUUGUUACUAAUUGCACAGGAAAUGAUAACAUGUCGGAUACUGCUUUUCAAAUAUAUCAUUCAGAAUUAAAUCAUAUUGAUGACAUAUGUUUUUAUAUACAGUCAAUUGAAUGGAAUAAAAGAACCGAAGAGAAUAUUAACAGAUUGGCUGAAACGUCUUUAUAUAUAACAAAACAGAUGACCACAAAUUUAGAAAACAUGAAAUUAAUAGAACAUGCGCAAAUAAAGCAAAUAGAGAAUACAAAUAGAUUUGACAACUUUUUAAAAGGGCUUAAAAGUGAUUUUAGUGAUAUUAUAGCAAUUUUAUCAAGCAUAAAAAGGCACCACGAAUCUAUUAGCAGAUUUGUGAAGGGGUUUAGAAUGUUUGUAAUUUAUUUUUUUAUUUUAAUAAUAGUCCUUUUUAUAACAUCACGAAAUUAUGCAUACAACAGUAGAACAAAGAUUAUUUCGUGUGUUUUUUUUUGUUUUUUGAGCGAACUAUUAUUUAAAAAAAUUGUUAUGCUCAUUCAAAAAUAUCUAUUUCUGGUGAUUAAUGAUAACAUUGUUAAUUAUUCAAUAAAAGGGAUAAGAUAUAUUUUUGCUGGGAUUUGUCUAAAAGUGUUUAUAACCACAAUAAUAUCAUAUAAGGAACCCGCAAAAAAAAUCGAAGAAGAGUUGAAGUAUAUAAAAGGUCUUAUUGAAGAUAAAGCAGAAAAAAAUAAAUACAUAAAAACAGAAAAUGAAAGAAAUGAUGCCAAUAUAGACCAGUAUACAGCUAAUAUUUUAAAAUUAUGGUUAAAUUAUAACGAAGAUCUUGAUAAUAUAUAUGACGAUGAUAAAGAUUUCAAUAUAUAUAACAUUAGUGACACCGAAACAAGUAGUUCAAGUACAUCCCUUGUCAGUGAAAAUCUAUCGUCCGAAGAAAUAUUUGAAUCAAAUGAUGAAUUUAUUGGAAGACGAAUAAAAACAAUGCAUAGAACAAAACGCCCGUUAUUUUUUCAUUAUUUUCCAUCACCAAAAAAUGUAAAGGCAUACACCGAAAACCCGAUUACUUUCAUAAAUAUAAUAAAUGAAAAGCAUAAGGAAAUUAUGAAAAUGCGAGCCAAAAGAUUAAAAGAUUUUGAAAGCAACGAAUAUAGUGAUAGCAAUACAAUAAUCAUGGAGACAAAUGAAGAUAACUCACAACGUAAUUUAUCUGAUUCGAAUGAAAAUAUGAAAAAGUAA